UUGAGGGCGUAUUUAUCACAUUUACUCAGUUCAGUAAAAAAUAUUUCACAGGGGAGAAUAUCGGUGAGAACUUAUAUGCGACUAGUCAGGGAGACCAAGGGGGCGAAGCGAUAGCAAAGAUGGCCGUUGAGGCUUGGUACUCUGAAACCAAGUUCUUUUCCUACCCUGGAGAUGAUAGUUACGACACGUGCGACGGAGGAGAUAAAUUUUCAGAAUAUGGUCACCUUACACAGAUGAUGUGGCAGAAAAGUGGAGAACUUGGCUGCGCAGAAUAUGUCUGCCCAGAUAGUGGUUGGGCCAUUUUUACCUGCAACUAUUCCCCGGCUGGCAACACGCAGGGGGAGAAAAUGUUUCCUGAGUCCAACUUCAAGAAGUUAUGCGAGGCCGAACCGGGAGUGUGGACCACUUGCAAAGAGAACCUUGUCACAGAGGGCUGUAAAAUGGGCCGAGGCCAGAUGACGGAUGAAAACGAACUGCUGAUGGCACUGCUGGUUGCUUGUGGCAUCACUCUUGGAAAGUCCAGUUAUGCCAGCUAUGAUGUAAAUUAG